AUGUCUUCCAACCGAACCACCCCCCAGACCCCCUCGACUACGAACGCUCCGGUCAGCGUCGACGCGCUGCGCCAGAUAAUUGCGACUCUUCAGGCUGAGAAUCGCCAGCUGAAUGAACGAGUCCAAGAACAGACUAACAGAGCUAACAGAAAUAAUAUCAAGUAUCCCCUGCCCAACCCUUUCGACGGAACCCCUGGCACUCUGCAGGGAUUCCUCACAGGCACCCGCGCAUACUUGCACUUUAACGAGGACAGUUUCGAGAACGACUCCGACAAGGUAGCCUACGCAGCCUCCUUGCUCAAGGGAGACGCUCUCGCCUGGUUCGAGCCCACAUUGCGGGACUUCCUGGAUUAUGAGGAAGAACAUAACCGCAGGGCCGAGACCAACAGGAUCUUCGACGACUACGACAACUUUGAAGAUAACCUGAAGGAAACAUUCGGCAACCCCGAUGAGGAACGAACAGCCGAACGAAAGCUGUCUCGCCUCACACAAACUAAAUCAGCAUCCCGCUACGCUAGCGAAUUCCGACAAAUCACCUCAAAGUUGGCAUGGGGCAAGGACGCCCUCAUGGCCCGCUUCUACCAAGGACUCAAGGACGAAGUUAAAGACGAGCUGAUCAAGGAAGAAAGACCUCAGCUUCUCUCCGAGUAUGUAGAGCUCGCGGUCAAGAUCGACAACCGCAUCUACGAACGGAAGCUCGAGAAAAAGGAGGGUCGAGGAGCUUGGACACCCCGACCACAAGCCGCCAACACCGGCCGACGCAGAUGGGAGACCCCUCAAGCACCCAGGGCCCCAAGACAGAGCACCAGCUAUGGGCAUCACAGCGGACCAAUGGAUCUCAGCGCCACGCAACACAAAAAACCCUACAAAGACCCCAAGAGCGGCAAAUGCUUCAAGUGCGACAAAGCCGGGCAUAUCGCCAGAAACUGCCCCAACAGCACCGCUCUGAUAAAAACCCACCAAUCGAGGGAACUCAACGCAGCAUUUAAAGUUCCCCAGGAGGAGCACGCGCUCCAGACAUGGACACGGUGUUACGAAGAUGACUGCCUCGUACACCGAAGCUCUAAAGACGACGCUGGAUGGUACCCCCGGCGACCCAAACAAGUACGCGUCCUCGCGAUGGGACGAAGGGACACCACAGGGGCUUCCACCAGCACACGACACAGCUCCCACCGAAACCACAAGCGAACGCACAAAGAGGAACUUCUGGGACAGGUUCACCAAGUCAGGUAA